AUGCAAAUACGCAGGUCAUCUCUCUCGCUACAUCUUCUCAAUUCUCAUGCAUGCAUGAGCAGCAUGGCGACCAUGCGAUGCCUCAGGCCAGGCGGCGCUCGCCGCCGGCAGUGCCCUCUCCUCAACGCCUUCUGCUCCUCGCUCGUCGACGGGCUCGCGCACCUGGAGGCCACGCUGUCCGCCGAAGAUGACGACGGCGGCGGCGGGUCCGCGGUGUCCAUGAGGUGGUGCGCGGACGCCAUGCGCCUGGUGAGGCGGAUGCAGCGGGACCUGCUGGCCGUCUUCAGGAGCGCCGACGCGCCGGCCGACCCCUGCGGCGGCGAGGACUGGCUGGAGCAGUACAUGCAGGAGACGGCGGCGCUGCUGGACUUCUGCAACGCGUUCAAGUCCGCUGUGUCGCGGAUGCACCGCUACUGCAUGGUGGUGGACUUCGCCGCGCAGGUGGGCUGCGCCGGCGCCGGAGGUGUCGCCGCCUCGCUCGUCGCCGAGAGCGUCGGGGCGCCGAAGGAGACUGACGCGCCGUCGUCACCGGCCGCCGCCGUCCGCGCUAAGCUGUCGGACGUGAAGGCAGUGGUGAGCGAGGCGGAGCGGCUGGGGGGAAAGAUCAUCUCCAGCUCCAGCGGCAGCGGCAGCAUGGUCCUCGUCACGCUCGUCGCCAAGAUCACAAUGGCCGUCGUGGCCACCUCCGUGCUCCACGCGCUCACCCACGCCUCACCCCCUUCCCUCCUCGACGACGACGUCGGCGUCGGCGGCGCGCACCCGCGCAGCUGCACGCUCGCCCGCGCCGCCGUCCCAGAGCAGCUGCGUCCGUGGCGCGAGUCGCUGUCGGCGAUCAACGACCGUGUGGCGGCGCUGCCGGCGAGCAUCGCGGAGCACGAGAGUGUCGUCACGGCGGUGAGGGACAUGAUGGGCGGCAAGACGGAAGGAUCAGAGGAUCACGUGGAGCUGCUGAGGACGAGGUCCGGCGAGCUCCGGGAGGGGGUGGAGAUGUUCGACUGUGUUCUUGAUCAAGUCUUUGAUGAGGUGAUCAGGGGCAGGAACGAGAUGCUGGGGAUCUUCAGAGACAAGCUCCUCACAUAA